AUGUACACACUAAUGGGAGGCGGUCUGCUCUGCGCAGUCUCUGGAUUGGUUCUGCUCAUAGUGGCCACAGCGACUGAUUUCUGGAUGCAGUACCGGUACUCAGGGAAUUUGAGCAAUCAGGGACUCUGGAGAUUUUGUGUGGCGGGGAAAUGUCACACUCACACCAUCACAGUUGCUUUCUGGGACGCCACACGAGCGUUCAUGUUAUUGUCCAUCCUGUCCUGUUUCGCUGGCAUCAUCCUGGGGCUCACGGCGUUCUCCAGUGGGGCCAAAUCUGCGAGGACGCGCUCUGCGGGCGUCACGCUGCUAGUUGCAGGGUUCUUCGCUCUCCUGGCAUUGUCCGUGUACACCGGGGUGACCGUGAAUUUUUUUGGGAAACGUUAUGCGGACUGGAGGUUCUCCUGGUCCUAUAUUCUGGGCUGGAUCGGGAUCAUUCUCACCAUGGCCGCAGGGAUUUUCCACAUCUGUGCCUACGCCAGGACCAGCUCCCAAGAUGCGGCCAAUGUAUCCAGUGGAUGAGAUCCUAGUCCUAUGUGCCCGUUGCCCACACCCCGCCAGUCAUGGCGCUGGCACUGCCGCCCCACACCAGCUGUUAGACUUUUAUAUUGACCGAAGUUACAGUCCCCGAUAAUGCAUUUUAUAUUGCUGUAUGGCCGGGUCUGGCACUGUAUUAUAACUAUUCUAUUAAUGUGAUAAUAAAUUAUA